AUGUGGAGUGAUAAAGAAAUUGAAGAAUUGUUGCGGAAGAUUCCAAACAUCACGGACGUCGAGAAAGAAAUCGCUCCCGCUGACUUUACUAAUUUACGGUUCACGUUGAUAUUUCCAGGUACAAAAUGGUGUGGAUCUGGUAACAUAGCGGAGGGUUACGAUGAUCUGGGCAAAGACAACAAAACAGACGCGUGCUGUCGGCAGCAUGACUUCUGCCCUGACAUCAUACCCGCCGGAGAGACCAAGUACAAUCUCACUAACGAAUCUUUCUUCACACGACUACAUUGUUCGUGCGACGAGACAUUCCGAAAAUGCCUCCGAACUGUAAACAGUGUCACCUCAUUGAAGAUAGGCAUGACUUACUUCAACGCUAUCGGUACAAAAUGUUACAGGAAGGAUUAUCCCGUAACUGGGUGUAAAACACGAGGCGGUUGGUUGGGGAGCAAAUGUGUGGAGUACAUUUACGAUAUUGAUGGUGAAAUGAAAUAUCAGUGGUUUGAUGUACCCAAUUACUGAAUAAAUAUCGGUC